GAGAAGAAGAAACUCUGCUCAGUGGUCUACAGUGUUAUUAGAGAGAAACAGGAGCUGCUCUGUCGAAGAAAGAAAUGGUCUUUUGUUGCAAGUCUUUUCAUAUUUUUAGUGUCUACUGUACUACACAGUUCAAAUUACCUCCACAAACUCAUCAAGAAAUGACAAGAAGAGGAACGUGUCAUACUGCUGGAAUUAGGCAAGACUGAAUAUGUGAGAAUAUGCUCUCCACAAGUUCCAGUACUCAAACAUUCUCUGCUAGUCUCCAAACUAACCCGUCUCCCAGACGUGCGCAAAAAAUUACAGGCAAAGAGAGAACUCACCACUGCCUAGACUGUGGAAAGAGUUUUACUGAUAGACAUAAUCUCCAAAUACAUCAGCGCAUUCACACAGGAGAAAAACCUUAUCACUGCUUAGAAUGCGGGGAGAGUUUUAAUCAGCAGAGUAAUCUGCUCGUACAUCAGCGCAUUCACACAGGAGAGAAACCUUAUCAGUGCUCAGAGUGUGGGAAGAGUUUUACUAGACUGAGUAAUCUUCACCUACACCAGAGCAUUCACACAGGAGAGAAGCCAUAUCACUGUUCAGAAUGUGGGAAAAGGUUUAAUAAGCGGAAUCAUCUCCAAAGACACCAGCGCAUUCAUACAGGAGAGAAACCGUAUCACUGCUCAGACUGCGGGAAGAACUUCACAGUACAGAGUCAUCUCCAAACUCAUCAGCGCAUUCACACUGGAGAGAAACCGUAUUACUGUUCAGAUUGUGGGAGGAGUUUUAGAGAGAGUGGUACCCUCAAAAAACACCAGCGCACUCACACAGGAUUGAAACCAUAUCACUGUUCUGAGUGCGGGAGGAGUUUUACUAGACUGAGUUCUCUCCAAAUACACCAGCGCACUCACACGGGUGAGAAACCGUAUAAUUGCGCGGAAUGUGGGAGGAAUUUUACGAGACAGGGUCAUCUCCAACAACAUCAGCGCAUUCAUACAGGAGAGCAUUCAUUUCAAUGCUCAGAGUGUGGGAAGAGUUUUAAUCAACAGAGUACUUUCCAGAUACAUCAGCGCAAUCACACAGAAGAGAAACCGUAUUGCUGUCCAGACUGUGGAAAGAUCUUUACUAGGCAUAUUCAUCUCCAAAUACACCAGCGCAUUCACACGGGAGAGAAACACUAUCAUUGCUUGGACUGUGGAGAGAGUUUUAAUCAACAAAGUGAUCUGCAGUUACACCAGCGCAUUCACACGGGAGAGAAACACUAUCACUGCUUGGACUGUGGAGAGAGUUUUAAUCAACAAAGUGAUCUCCAACUACACCAGCGCAUUCACAUAGAAGAGAAACCGUAUUGCUGCUUAGAGUGUGGGAAGAUUUUUACUAGACAGAGUCAUUUCCAAUUACACCAGCGAUUUCAUCCAGGAAAUAAAUCAUAAUGCCACUCAGAGUCUGGGAGGAGCUACGGGCAUUUGAUAUUAAUUACAUGCCCUUCAAGAGGAAGGUGAAAACUUGUCAAAUCAGAAAACAUGAUUAUUUGCUGCUAACUGUACCUCCAAGCUACAAUUAUUCUUGUAUUCCACUACACUGUCUGGCCAAAAUAAAGUCACAUACUUAAAAACUUUUGUUUAGAUAAUGACUGCAGUAAUUAAUAUGUUAGAUUAAUUACUGCAGUCAUAUUAAUAUGUUUCUGCAAAGAUAUUAAUAUGUUUCAGCUGGCAGCAAUUCUUUUAACCCUAACUGAUGCAGUGAGUUGCUUUUCGUUUCUUAAACAACCAUGUCAGAAGAUUUAUCCCAUGGUCAUGGAAAAGAUGUUAUUUUGUUUCAGAAGUGUCAAAUUAGUGGCCUUCAUUCAGCAAAGAAAACAAUUAAGGAGUUUAAGUUACUGAAACUGCUGAACUGUCCAAUGUGUCAUUAAAAUCCAGAGGAUUUUAACUGCAGAAGAAAUGUGGUUGGAGAUCUCUUAAACGCUUGUUGUCGAAUCAUUAAAAAUCGACAGUACAACUCAUAGCUGUGUUUAAUAGUGAAGUAAGAGCAUUUGCACAUGCACAAUGCGACGAGAACUCACAGCUGUUUGGCCACAAGAAUACCACUUGUUAGUAAGGCUAAUUGGAAAAGGAGGCUUUGGUUUGCUAGGGAGCAUAAAGAUUUGACUGUGUGAUGACUCCAGAUUUACCCAAUUUAGAGUGAUGGGAAUGUCAGGGUAAGAAGAGAAGUUUAUGAAGCAGUACCUGCUGUACCAGCCUCUGGUGGUGGUGUAAUGAUCUGAGGUUGCUUCUGUUGAUCAAGUCUAGGCUCAGCAAUGUUAUUUGGCAAUAAAAUGAGGACAGCCGGCUAACUGAAUGUACUGAAUGUCCAGGUUAUCCCAUUGAUUGUUUUGUUUCUCCCUUGAUGGCACGGGCAUAUUCCAGAACAACAAUGAUUCAUCGGACUUAAAUUGUGAACGAGCUGUUCAGGAAGCAUGUGGAAUCAUUUUAAGUCCUGACCUUAACCUGAUUUAAAAAAUUCUGUGCUAAAGAAGACUUAGGGAGUGGUUUGACUUUCCCGUCAUCAAUACAAGAUCUCGACCAAAAAUUAAUGCAGAUCUGGAUGGAAAUAAACGUUGUGAAGUUGCAUAAGGUUGUUGAAAGUUGCAUCACAGCGAAGAUGCACUAUAAUCAUAGCUAAAGGCAGUCCGACUAAAUGUUAGAGUGUGUGACUUUUCUUUUUUGGCCAGGCAAUAUAUAUACAUAUUUUAAAAUACACUACAUGGCCGAAAGUAUGUAGACACCUGACAAACACACCUGCAUAAGCUUGUUGGACAUUCCAUCCCAAAAUCAUGGGCAUUAAUAUGGAGUCAUUAAUAUGGCCUGCCAGUGAAGUGUGACUCCUCACUUCAAGAAACACGGUUCCGCUGCUCUAGCGUCCAGUGGUGGCGUGCUUUACACCACUCCAGCAGACAGCUGGCGUUGCACAUAAUGAUCUUAAGCUUGUGAGCAGCUCAGCCAUGGAAACCCACCCAUUUCAUUAAGUUCUAGCACUUAGUUCUUGUGCUGAUAAUGAAGUAGGCUCUUUCCCAAAGCUCACUGUAUAGCAGUAUUAUAAAAUUUGUUGUAGUAAGCAUAUCCUUUAAAACAAAAGGGAACUCCAUUAAAAUGAAACUUUUAUUGUUUAAUUUUUUAUCUGCCCUGUGGAGAGGGGAAAGUUGAGAGCUGAAGAGACCUGGUUCACCUAUCAUCAGGAGGCGGUCUCAAUUAAUAUUCAAGCCUCCCACCAAGCACACCGUGUCUGAAUCAAGAAAAAAAGAAAAAUGCAACAACUCCUUAGCCAUCCAAGCAAUCGGAGUUGAAGAGUAGCUGAUAUCUGCUUUUAAAGCUGAAGUUUCUUCUUUUGAAAAGCAGUCAAGAGCCACAAGUCAGCGUCACAACAAACUCUGUUGUGACACAAGAUUCGAAAAGAGUCGUGUUUGCAACGUCAGUCUGAUGUCAGUGAUUUUGAUGUGUGGUAUGUGAAUCAACAGCCUGCCUUGUCCUCUUCACUUCAUCACAUUGGUCUUCAUCUGGUGGUGACAAGGGGAAGAGAGAAGAAGAGAAAUAUCAACAAGUUACUGGGUUCUAGCAAGUACUAGAAACCUCUCCUCAGUAACCUCCACAAGUCUGUUCAACACAGCGUAGAGUUGUAAACAGACCAGAAGAUCACAUACUAAAGAAGUUCUUACACACACACACACACACACACACACACACACUCAUACACUCCUGAUCUGUUGAUAUAUCACCAUGUUUAGACUGUGUGAUUUUCCAGUGUUGUAGUGUUGUCUGUAGUAGUAGGUGGUCUCUAAGGCAUCCCAAGCCUAAUAUGUAUACAUGCACCAGGAACAUACUUUUUCCAUAGACUUUGCUAUAAUUAACGAAUCUGAAACUGGUCUGAAAGUGUAUGAGUGUGGAAGCAAAAAAUGCAACUCUAAACUUUAAGUCUGAAAGUUGAAACUUUAAAAGUAUUAAUGGAUAAGAAAAUAUAAAUACAUCUAGGAUCUGAGAACUGAUUUGUUCUACCGUUGUUCUAAUGUGUUUGUGAGUGUGAUUGUAACUUUCAGACCCAGAUUUUUCAUAACUUCACUGCAACAUUUAAAAUUUUGGUUUUAGAAAAUUUAGGUUAGAGGUUCUUAUCUGUGCAGUCCAACGAAGGAGACACAAAAAGACCACUGCAGCCACCUAAUGGAGUUGUGAGAUAACUGAAAUUCUGGGGGAGGAACAUGCCUGAAACCCCUACUCCUUCCUAACACCAUGUAAAUUCCCUGUGAUGGAGUUCUCACAGUCGGCCACGGGAGCCAGUUCUGCUACAAGCCACUCUGCCACAGACCUCGACUCUUCUGAGUUUGGACAUCUGCCUGCUCCUUCUGCCUAUCAUCAUGCCCAUCAACUCCCAUACGCAGCUGCUGCCUUCUGACAGCCAUCCCUACUCCAGGAGGUUAUAUUCUGCUUUUCUCUCAUCUAACCUCUACCUUUCCCUGCCAUGUUUAGCACUAUCUUCACAAUCUGGUGUUGAUCAGAGGAGGAUAGGCUCUCCUGCUGAGUCCUGAUUUCUCUCAAGGUUUCUUCCUCAUGCCUCUGCAAGUAUUCCCUUGCUUUUGUCGCCGUUAGCUCAUCAGAGGUUCACACCCGGAUGUCUGUUAUGCAGCUUGCAAUCAUGUUGCCAUCAGGAUAUUACAAUGAAUCAAAUUCUUCUGCUCCAUCUUUUCUCUCAUCUUACAAGCUUAAAGCAGCACACUACUUACUCUGAGUGCCAUACAAAGGGUCAACUUAAGUAACUUUUUUGCCUAGGCUAAACUCCUCCACCAAACCAUACAAAGCCUAGUGUGCUACUCUUAACUCAGAUAUCCAAAUGCUCCACCAUCUGACCAACCCCUCGUUCCCAUAUCCCACUGGCAUACACUCACACCAAGUUCUCCAUCCAAGUGGCUACAUUUUUUGUCAUCGCUUAAAAGUUAGUUCUUUCAAGACAGAACCCUGUCUUUCUCAUCAUAUGAAGGUCCAUUGAGAAGGUCCAUUGAGCAGGUCCCUUUGAGUGGCAGACCAUGCCUGAAACUCACACACACUUUCUAAACCGCUUAUCCUUCUGGGUCGUGGGAGGGUGCUGGACCCUAUCCCAGCUGUUAUUGGGCGGAAGGCAGGAUACACCCUGGACAGGUUGCCAGUCCAUCGCAGGGCAGACAGACAGACCUAUACAUCCACACACAUAAUCGCACACACAUUCACACCUCGGAGCAAUUUAGCAUGUCCAAUUGGACAUGCCUGACUGCACGACUGUGGGAGGAAACUGGAGGAAACCCACACAGACACUGGGAGAACGUGCAAACUCCACACAGAAAGGACCCUGGUCGCCCGGCCGGGAAUCAAACCCGAGGCGAGGCGACAGCACUACCCACUGCGCUACUGUGCCACCCUGACACAACUCCUCCUUCCAAUUUAAUGCCCUAUAAAUUCCCAUCCUUACUUUCGUUUUCCAUGACAAAGUUCUCCUAAGCGCCACCAUCACAUCUCUUCCCUGUUACUCAGUCCUGUGUCAGUCCUACCACAGACCAUGAAGAAACCACCCAGAACUCCAACCCAAGUUCUCAAAGUUGUCUCCUAUUCUUCAAUUCGUCUUCCCUCAUGCUGUCCUUGAAGGCAUGGUCUGAACUCACAAAAAGGCCACAAAGCACAGAAUGUAUAGCAGAGAAGCACAGAAAACUAUCAAGCUUAAAGCCAUUUUAGAUUCUACUUUUACACGCUGUCAUUUAAUGAAUUUAUUGGUGAAUUAAGUUUUCAAAAACUCAUUUCUGAGCUAUAUGAUACAAGAUGAAGUAAGUUAUGUGACUAGGCUACUAAUGUUAGUUGAGGUAAUUGUUGAGUUUUUGGAUGCUGCUUGUCACCCACCUGACAUGUCCAGGGUUGGAUAGCCUUAAGUGUCCAUUGUGAAACUUCUUCCAAAAGAUAAAUGAAAUUAAGUACACUGUAAACAAAACUGUGGGGUUUCUUUGAAUAAUGCCUUACAAUUUAAAUGCCAAAUUUUAUGCACACUCCUGGUCUCUAUUCUUGUCCAAGGUCCCACCUAGUCAUGCAAGACUAGGUGAAGUAAAGAUCCUUGAUUUGCAUAUAGAAGGAGUUUUUGAUUGAUUUUGAUUGAAGAUGAUUUUCUUUCAAAUCAACAGGAAGUGUGGCCAUUGGUAUUGGAUGUUCUUUUUACAUAUGUGAUCUACAGAAUUCUAUCUACUUGGAGUGGAUGGUUUGAUUGGUUGGUCUCCUGUUCAGGAGAGAUAGGUAAACUUCUUGUAAAGUACAUAAUUAUUGGGGUUUGGGUCUGAUCCUUUUUGUUCUGACAACUGUAACAGUGCAAUACAGUGUAAAAUGUCUGUUGCAACAGUUACCGCUUAUAUGCUGCAACUCUAAAUGAAAGUGGUUGUAGUUGUCAGGUAAGACAUUUAUUACUAUUAUAAUAUUAUUAUUAUUAUUAUUAUUAUUUCAUAUACACACUUAGUUUAAUUAUUAUUAAUAUUUCAGAAGCAUGAAUGCUCAGCAGGAAUUUAUUCAGUCUUAUUUACCAAUUUAAAAUAGCUUUUAUUAAUCAGUUUUAUUCUUUGUCACAUUUUUUUAUUAAUAGUAGUAACUGCUCAUUGCAAAGUGCCUUCCAAAGUUACUAGAUCUUUGGAUGUACCUUCAGCCUAUUUAUUUGAUGCAGUAGAUUUGUUAUUGAUAUCUGUGCUAUUCAUUAUUUAUUGUUUUGUUUUAUUCUUUUAUUUAAUUUAUUUAAUGAAUACAGGUGCAACUGUUGGAAAAUCGUUCAAUUCUGUUAAUUUUCUUAGUGUUGCCUGGUCAUGACCAUUACAGGGUGUAAUUUCACUGGUUUGUUCAUUAUUGACAUUCCUAAAAAAUCUAAACCCAUCACUGCUCCUUUACACCAAGGCUUUGUUCUAUACCCCCUGAAAGAUUGACCAGGUCUGCCAUACUAAAAGCAAACAGGAUUUUCUAAUA